AUGACCUCAGCUAUUUUAUCCAUACCCUCGAUCGGUCUGUCUGUCUUUCUGUCUAUAUUUAAAACAUAUGCUAACUUUUUUUGUCCCUACAUCUUUUGGCUUUCUUCGCCUCAUCUGCGAUUCUUUUCUUCCCACUUUUCUGUGUAUUUUGACGCAUCAAGCAUCGAAUCCACUCCUACCGGCACCCAUGAGACCUCGGAACUUGACGAAGAGGCGUUAGGAGAGCCUAUGGAUCAGCCGAACUCUUCCGAGAUAGCCGUAGUUUCUGUCAGCUUGGAAAAGUGCUUGCGCUCACAUACAACUGUCUCGGAAACCUAUCUACAGCCCAGCCACCGCCCAAACCGCCAGCCUUUGGUGCCGCGGCGAAAGUUGCCCGAAAUACGCAACCUACCUGAGGACGCGAUGUUCCGAUUAACCGGUCGUCAUGGCGUCAACCUGGCCGGCGCAUGUGUGAAGAAGCGCUCCGACUCUCUGCAGGUUUGUGAAAUAGGCCCAUUCCAACUGGGGCAUGGUUACGCGGAUAGACGAGAGGAUGGUGAUAGCACACAGGUUGCCGUGGCGUUGAGUGUGGCGCUCACGAAGAGUCACUCGACUGUUCGGUUUCUGCUGAAGAAUCGUUUCGCCGGCAGCCCGUUGGAUGGUUGA